UGUGACAGUGUGGCGAUCUGUCAGCCAGGAUUCUCAACAAGGCAGGUUGAGGGGCUCCAGGGUACUUGUUUGAUACAGAGGAAAGUGGAUUUUCACUUUCCUUAUUUGUUGGUAAGGUCCAGUUUGGGACCUGGAGCCUGGAGAUUUCGAAGCGAUUUGGGAGGGAUGAAAUCUCUAAUCCUGGGAUAAGGUUUUGGUAAUGGCCAGGACACUGAUUGUACAGGUGGGUGCAGGGCUUUUUGUAGAGGCCUAACCCAUGGUUCUGAGCUCCACUCCGGCAGAUAGGAGUCAGGCGGGCUCCACCCCGGCAGACAGGAGUCAGGAGGGCUCCACCCUGGCAGACAGGAGUCAGGUGGGCUACACCUAG